AUGGGCAAACGUGGCGGAAAAUGGAAGCAAGGAGACGAACAAGAAUGGACAGACGGAGAGUGGGCACAGCCUGCUUGGCGGCUUUGGCGGGGUGGUGCUGCAGUGUCGCCCAAAGCCACAGCGCGCCCCCCAUGGCACCGAGAUGGACAGCGGCCGCAUGCACCCACCAGGGCGCUGGCCUUUCCGCAUUACGAUGCGAAGAAGGCGCCGGAGGCCGCCAUUGUGCCGGUGGCGGAGAAGAAAGCACCCGGACUUGCAGCGGCGCCAGCGACGGCGCCCUCCUUGGUCAAGGUGAUCCAAGCAGCCGUCAAUACAGCCAGGAAGCACGAGAACAGAGUGGGGCGACUCCAGAAAGAACUGGACAAUGGGAAGCUGCAAUGGGACGCAUAUGUCCAAGAGAUGAAGGACACCUUGCGCAAAGAGAAAGCCCGCUUUGUGCAAGAGCAAAACCGCCUCACGGCGGCAGUUCAAGACGCCAAAGACCAGCAGACCGAGGCAUAUGCCCAGCUGCAGCAGGCUUUCUUGACGGGGACACGGCCACAAGCGAAGGCGGACAAGGGGAUCGCCGAGGAUCUCGCCGAGUGGAACGAGGUCAUGACGGGGAUGGAAGAGGCGCAGUCCUCAACAGGCGGCGUCAACAUCGCGGCCCUGGUGGAUGCUCUCAAGCAGGCCGGGAUACCGAUGCCGGGUCUGGAAGACCCAUCAGGGAAGGCGCCAACCACGCCGCCGAGGCGGCCUCCGGAGAUGCCUGCGACCACACCGCCAGCCUCACCUCGCACAGCAGCACCCUCGCGACUUUCGGCAGAGGCAGCGACCACGCCAUCCCCUACGCGCACCAAAGAUCCUUAUAUGAGCUCGCCAAGCCUGGCACACUUCGGGAUACCUUCCCCUCGGCCGGCGCCGGUGGAAACGCCCUCUACCGGAACGACUGGCCAGAAGAACCAAGAGAGCGAGGCCUCGACGACCGGCGGACCGAUGGGCUCUUGCGAGAACAGCCCGACUCCUCUGGCAGAGCGACUUGCAGCGAAACGGAAGGUCACGAGGGCAGCCAUGGCCCCCUUUGGCGUUGCCCGUGGCGAGGGACCAUUUGGACCGGCGGGCGAGCCGAAGGAGGAUGCGAGGACCAAGGGAACGGAGCUGGACACGAUCACUCUGGAUGUCGACGAUUCGGAAGAGCUCCUAAGCUCUGCAUCGCCAGGGCUGGGCAAGCUGGAGUAG